UGUCACUGGUGCUGCCUUUGCUGGCAGCGUGCUCAUUGUUCUUUCCACAUGUCCGCGACGACGACAACCACGAGUUGAGCAGGCUGGCCAACUCUUUGUGUUCCUCUUGGUUCUUCGCGACUCUAGCCUUGUUGACACGACCUAUCCCCCCGAUCCGACACAGCCCGAUCACAAAGCAACAACAAAAUUCUGGGCCGCUCCUCCUCGCCAUCACGGCAAACUAGGCGGCCAUCAAUCGUCCCAGUCCAGGCAGGCAGCCGCUUCUGCCGCUCAGCUCGGAUCCCGACCUGGCCUGAAACACCGUCACCGCGACGCACACGCGCUCAGUGCCCAGUCCCAUCCAGCAGCCAGAUCGCUGGCACGGCUCUACGCCCUCCUGCCUCCUCGUCCUCGCCCUGGUCGGUGAAUCUUGGUCUCUCCCCGCAGGCCGUCACACAGCCCCCCGGACCCCCGGUCACUGUCACUAGUCCUAGUCACCAGGCUGGCGGCCGCAGCACAACAUCAUGUUGGCCACAUCACUCUUGACGAGAGGGUGGGCGUCCGAACAUGAGCACAUUCAUCACACACACAAGAUGACCAUCGCCAAUGAGACGUCCAACGUCGAGAGCGAACGUUGGGUGAUCAUUGGCGACACGGUUAUUCUGUCGUUGACAAUCCUGGGAGCCUUCUUUAUCCUUGGCAACAUGCUCGCCAACGAAAUCCGAGGCAGGGCAGCCACUGUCAGAAUGAGGCUCGUCCAGGCCCUGGUCCUCAGCGACGUGGUCAUGGGAAUAGCCGGUCUCGUCGGCUGUGGCCUCGAGUUAUCUGGCAACCCUCUCGCCCUCGACACGCAGUCGUGCGACGGCCUCGGCGUCAUCUUCGUCGCCGUCCUCUUCUCACAGCACCUCUGGACCCUGUCUCUUGCCUGUGCCACUUUCAUGAUCCUCACAAAGCCCCUUCACCCGCUCACAUCAUGGAUCGAGAAGAACUGGUACUGGUCCUGGCUCGUCGUGUGGAUCAUCUCGUUUGGCGUGUCAGUGCUUGGCCACUUCCUCUACGGCUACGUUCCUUCCACGGCCGGGGGCAUUUGCUUCUAUGGCAACAACGCCGGACUGUACGCAGAGCUCAUCCAGUUUGUUCCCCGUGGCAUUGUCUUCCUGUGCAUCGCCCUCCUCUACGGUAGGCUCUACGUCUUCCUCAAGCGCCCGGACACUAUUCGCACGGGAUACUCGGAUGGCAGCGGCUCGUCGUACUCGCGCGGCAAGAAGCCGUCGUUCCUCAAUUCACGCGGCUCCCGCCCACGCCACAAGUCUUUCUUCCAGCGAGGCAACCGCACCGUCCUGGUCGACAGCGCAGGCGACCCCAUCCGCAGCUCGGCGUCGGUUCACAGCCAUCACAGCGGGCCCAAGCCUAUGCCGCCGCCGCUCCAGGUCAUCUCCCCCGAGCCAAAGAAGUGGGCGGAGAAGCUGGCUGACCCCGACCCGGCCUCGCAGACGGGUUCGAGACCCAAGCUUGGGAAACGCCUCUCGAAGCAGCAGCAGAAAGAGCUUGCCGAACUCCCACCCUGGGAACGAGUCGAGCUCCCCGCAUUCCAGGUUGACGGCCAGCGUUACGGAGGUGCAGGCGCAUCGGCGCUCACAGUAUCUCCGCCUCCCGCCAACUCGUGGGCCGACUGGCGCGGAUUUGGCGGGCGCAAGCGUCCAUCGACCAGCACGACCCAGUCCUCGGGUGCUACCAAGGUCGGCUCCAUCUCGGACAAGUCGCCAUUUGCGUCCCCGACAAGGCAGGCGUUCGAUAUCAAGUCGGUCGGCGGCACACCUACAUCUGCCACCUUCCUCGACCGCCCAGUCUCACCCACGAGCUUGGCUCCACGAGCGUCCAUUUCCAUGGCCUCUGGUGCGCCACUGAACAACAUGACUCUGCCUACAAAGGUCAGGACAAAUGGGAGCGGCGACGGAAGCGACGACACCGCACCAAGCACAGCCACAACCGCCGUCGACCCUACCCUGCCCGAGAUUGUCCACCCCAACAACCGCCGCCGCUCGUUCGAGUUUGGCCAGUCAUUCUCGUCUGGGGUCGCUCCUGACGAGCACCGGCCGUUUGGCCCAGCGCCCCAGCCAUCAAUGUGGUCCCAUGGCGAUCCAUCCCCCUUUGAGAACGGUAGCCCGAUCGACGUGCGCCGCCCGUCGCUGGCCGUGUCAUCGGCGUCAACGGAAGUGUCGUCUGCCAUCCAUGCGCCAAUCCUGACCGGCCGCCGCGUCUCCAUUAUGCCCAUGCCCGUGUCCCGACCAUCGACGCCCCGAGGGUCGCUCACCGCCGACCAGAUCAUCAAGGACCUUCCCCGCCCCCCGACUCCCAAGUCGUCGGCGCUGCGCAGAAAUGACGACGAUGUCGAGAAGGGCAGCUCGAGUGUUGAGAAUGACGAUGAGGAUGAUGACGAUGGCAUGGAUCUCGCCGACUUCCUCAAGCAGGCCCCGCCGACAAAGAGCGCCAACGACCCGUUUGUGGUCACCAACAACAGUGAAAACGUCGAGUACGUCGCCGAGUCGAUGGCGUCGUACCUCAAUCGCAAGACGGCCCUCUUGAUGCUGUGGUUCCCCCUCGGAUACGUGCUGCUCUUCUCCGUGUCGAUGAUCCGCAUCAUCUUCGACUUUGCGGGCACGCCACCACCGGAAUUACGCGCCAUCUCGCGCUGGAUGAUCUUUGGCCAAGGCCUGCUCGACGCCAUCAUCUACGGCGUGGUCGAGUGGCACACGAAGCGUGUUGUCCGCAAGCGCGUGCGCAAGGGCACGUUCUCGCCACACACGUCUGGCGGCCACACUGGCGGCUCGGGCAUCGGCAGCGCUCUGCGCGGCCUCGGCAGUGCCAGCUGGCGUCCGCAGAGCCCGACCAGCACGCAGCCGCCGGCCAACCAGACGUCGUCUGUUGGCCGGCGCAACGUGUCGCCGACGGUGAGCUUUGCGGACCCCGAGCGGUCCAUCCUGCAGCGACUUGAUGAGAGCAACGAAAAGGACUUGAAGCUGUAAAUGCUGCUUCUUGCAAGUGUACCAAUUGCAUUACAACCCCACCCCCCCAUUUGUAUUACCACAGUCAUCUUUUUUCUUAUCCCCCUCCACCACGCCAUUCCUAUUAUUUAGGGCAUUUGUGCAUUCACCCA